AUCCCUGGGAACUUACGUAUCCUGCAGGUGUGGCCAAAAAAGAGAGAGAGAAAAAAUCUAAUAGCUAAAAGAGUCAAAUUAUUUAUCUGAUUUUGCUGUAAAGCAAGUGUGGGUGAGAUGGUGGAUCUGUUCUUCAAGUAAGUGGAUCUGUUUUUAGUUGUAGUGAAUGGAUACUGAGGUAUCAGAUCAGAAGUUUGUUGAUCUUAAAAUGGUCUACAAAACUGCAUAAUAAUAUAGCUCCUGGCCCUCUUCAAUCCUUCUCUCCAUUCUUUUUUUCUCACCGUGAUUUAACCAUAAUGCCUUGGGCUUCAUAUGACUCCACUUUUAGGGAGUACGUAUUUUCAUGCCGUAAAGUUCACUCAUUUAAAUAAUACAACCCAGUUAUUUCUGGUGUAUUUACAGGGUUAUGCAAUUCUCACCAUAGUCUUAGGUGAUAGACUAAUUUGGGGAUAUUUUCCUCAUCCACCAAAGAAAUCUCUAACCCAUUACCAGUCAUUCCCUAUCUCCUUCCCAUCUCCCUCCCCAGCCCUAGGCAGCCACUAAUGUGCCUUAUGCCUCCAUAGAUUUGCCUGUUCUGGACAUUGCAUAUAAACAGGAUCAUACAGUAUAUUGUCUUUUGCAACUGACUACCCUCUUUUUUAAUGCUCAUGUUUUCCUGAACUCCUUAAUGCCUUUUCUUUUCCUAUUCCACUGCCCCCUUCCCGUUUCACUCUUUUUCAACCAAAGUAUAUCACUUUUCUAGGUGAGCCAAUCCUAAUUAAUUCUAGAUCCACCAUUAUGGGCUUUAUUGCAUCCUCUUAAGUUCUCUUUUAUAUACCCUUACCUGAGUUACUGUAUAACUUUGCUCACACUAGGUUCUAGGUCCAUGAAGGCAAGGAGUUUUCUAUUUAUAGUUGAUUUUUCACUGUCUAGUCUAGGAAGAAAUAAGUACUUGGAUGGAUAUAUUCAAGUGCUCAGCCUAGUAUGAGAGGGAAGUUUUUAGAGAAGAGAGGGGAGAGAGUAUUAAUUGUGUGUAUUAACUCUUACUGAAGCAACACUAUUCAUAGUUGAAAAUGUAAUUUAAAAAAUUAGAAAAUUAAUGGUUAAUUAGACUUUGUGUAUGUGUAUUCACAUACACGUUGGACAUAAGUAUAAAUUACACUCUCUCGGAAAUACGAAUGUGGAAAAUUUAUUGUUAAAGGAAAACUUGAGAUGUCAGUACUGGGCUAAUUUCUGGAGUCCAUUUAUGUUGUUGGCUAGAUUAUCUGGAAUAUUUGUCCUACCCAAAAGUAGAAUGACCCAACUAAAAUAUUCUCUUUUUAAAAGAAUUUGGAAUCAAACAUUUCAGUUUUCGAAGGACAUUUGUAAGUUAUGGGUCCUAUUAUCUACUUGGGACACAGUUUAUUGCAGGAAGGUGUUGCUUCCUUUGCUUUGAUAGAUGGAUUAUUGAAACUGGCAAGUUCACCUGCUGUUGUUACUGGCCUCUGAGGUCCACCAUUUUUUCUGUAAUUUUCAUGGUACCUAGAUUGUUUGGAACGUUUGUUCUUUUCUGCCUUAAUGUUUAUUUGCUCAUUUUUGGGUAAUGCAAGUACCUGGGACAAAGAUACAUGACUGUGGAUUGUGUGUAUGGGUGUCUCAAAUAUAGGAGAAGUAUAUUUCUUCUUAAGAUUUAAAGGGAUAUUUUAAGAGUAGUAGUUCAGACCUAUUGAUCUAUAAGAUGAUAUAGCACAGGACUAUUUACCAAAUCAGAUCUCUGAAGCUUUAAACUUUAUCUAUUGUUGAGCUCUUCAGUGGGUACAUAGUUUCAUUUUUUUUGUAAUGGAAACUGGUGAGAAAGUAUGAUGACUCUACAGAUAAUUUAUUUUAUAACUAACUUUUUCAACAGUGUAUUUUGUCUGUGAAGCAUGAAUGUACACAAACUGGGGAGCUGUGCUGAAUGCAGUCUCGGAGGGAAUUAACUCAGAAAAGUCUUGAGUACCGUCUUAGUCUGUUAUGUGUAUAUAUUUACACUAGAGUGUUUUUUUUGAAGAUUUUUGCAAUUUUAUUUCUAGUUAAUUUCAUAAUCUGGGCAUCCAGGGGUACCUUUUCCUAUUUUGCCUUUUUUUAGAAGCAGAUUGCUAUAUUUGUAAUAGACCUAUCACUUGGAGUUAGAAUAGCUGUUUUGUUUCUGUUUUUUUUUUCCCCCUGCUGUACAGCAUGGGGACCAAGUUACACCUACAUGUAUACAUACUUUUUCCUCCCAUUGUUGUGUUGUGAUGUAAGUAUCUAGACAUAGUUCUCAAUGCUACACAGCAGGAUCUCGUAAAUCCAUUCCAAGAGCAAUAGUUUGCAGAAUAGCUGUUUUAAUGUGGCUCCUUUUAAUAGUUUAUGAUGUCCAAUAAGUCACUUAACUUCUUAAAGUCUCAGUUUUCUCAUCUGUGAGGUGAAAGUAAUUUCAUGCACUUCAAAGGAUUGUUAAAAUUAAGUGGGGUAUUGGUAAGGUACCUGACUCUACUAUGUUAUGGAAAAUACUGAACCCAGAUUUUGAAUAAAUACUGAGUCCAGAUUUCAUUAAUAAAUAAAUAAAUAAUUUUUAGAAAGCUCCAUGAAAGAAGGGGCCUUGUUUAUCUUAUUCAUUUUUGGGGACCCCAGUUCUUACCACAAUACAUGUUUAUUAGUACACUGUUAAUGCUUAUCAAGCAUAUGAUUAGUCAGUGACAAUGUAUUUGAACCAAAAAUUCUGCUGUCUCUUCUUUCUUUUUCUGUUCUCAAGAUUUUUGAAACUUUCUUUCAGUUAGCCUACUGUGUGCCAUUAAUAUGAGAGAAUACUUACAAAAUAAAAAGGAUGUACAUAGCAUAAACACAUGUGAGAAUUAAUACUUUAUAAAGCCAUACACAGAUAAUUUAUCAAAAUAUAAGUAUUUGAAGUGUAGGGUUGAAUUUCUCUCUUACUUUCACUUUAACUGGAACUCAUGUUUCCACUGAUGUUAGCGUAUGUAUUCCAAUGCUUCUGCAGACUGGCGGUAUGGUAUAAAAAGGACCUUAGCCAGCUGUUACCGUUAGCUGACUUAUGCUAGUCCUGUCCUGGUUUAUUAUUGGAUCAAGUAAGUAACAGUAGGAGGUGACAAAGACCGUCUGAAAAGGCAGGGUUCGGAAGGAAGGUCUAUCCCAAGAAUUAGAGCUCUUUUCCAAGAGAAAGUAUUCCCUACCUUUAAGUCUUCUUAGGCUUCUUACAUUAUAAGUUAUGAAUUGGCAUGGCAGUGUGGGAAUUACUCUACUCUGGCAUGUGGGGAUCCCAGCAUGCUCUUCUGUGACCAUUAGCAAGAGGAUCAGCCAUACUUCUUAGGCAGUGGCAAUUGGAGCCAAGUCUUAUUAUAGUCCCACUGUGAGUGUAGGACUGUGUCAUUCCAGUGGUCUUUAUUUAACAGAGCCCAGUUAGCUUCUCUUAUUGCAGAGGUUUGUGGGGAGAAAUGCAAAGUGGACUUUGCUUUGUGAAUUGGCCCAGUUGAUCUGUCAGUACUCUUUCUCCAUGGAGAGAUGGACCUGUGACUUGCCUUAUUUGAAUGGCAUUAUUAAGUUCUCUAAAGUCCAUUUUUGUGGGAAGAGUGGUAAGUAUUAGAGGAAGGAAGAAAGGGACAAAUAUAAAAAUUGAUAUUUUUAUAUGGAUUUGAUUCCAUAUAAUUAGAAUCAGUUGGGACAAUGUUAUUUUUUUCCUUAUAGUCUUUAUUAACUAUAACAUCAUUACUCAUGUAGUUAUAAAUAUACACUAAAAAUUAAUUCCUAUUUGAAGGUGUGUGGUAUUCCCUGCAGAAUUGGAUUUGACAGAACUCUUAUUACCUGAUUAUUUUAUUUUUCAUAGUUAAAGAGAUUCUUGCAAAGCUCUUAGAAGGUACACUAUCUCAUUUCUACUUUAGUUAAACUGUAAUAUUUUAAGUUUAUUUUCCCUUCAGAUUAUACAGUUUAUUUUCCCCCCAGAUUGUAUAGCCUGUAAACAGACCAUGUUCUAAAAGUUCAUCAGUUGUUUUGGAACUUAGGACAACAGUUUCCCUCUGAAAGUUUGUAAAUAUGUAAAAUAAAAAUACUUAGGUUUCCUAGGCUGUUCUCCCAAAGCCCAAGCCAUAAUUAGUUCAGGUAUCUACAUACUACAGUGAAAAAUAAUACAGAAUAAUAAUAUUUUCUACAUUAUUUUAUAUUAUUAUUGAAUAGUAAGUAAAACUAAAACCCCCUUAAAAAUUAGCUUUGAAAAACUCUUCUGAAUGUUAGUACUACUGGAUUUGUAAAGGGAUUAAAUUUGAGGGAGAUAGAUGGAGUUUGUGAGAGGCUGGGAGAUCUUUCUGUGUACUUUUAGGAGUUUGAUAGGUUGAGGGCAUUGGCUUCUCUGUUUCUGGCUUCACUUUCUCUUGAUACUGGUGUAAGAACAGAAUUAGUAUCCUUUUGCUCACCAGCUGUGGUUAAGGUGGUUAGCUCUCUAGUGGAAACAAGUGAUAGGGAAAAAAGGUGGUUAGGGAAAAAAGGUGGUUAGCUCUCUAGUGGAAACAAGUGAUAGGGAAAAGAAAGAAAAAGUUUCUUCUGGUAACUAAGAUUUGGGGGGUGGGGCAGCCACAGAAGGUGGAGUAACAUAGGAUAGCUGUCCUCUGAGGUGGAUUUAAUUGACAUAAGAAUAAUGCAUGUUUAAAGGAGUCAGGGGAGAGCUUAACAAUGUGAAUGAUUCCUUUGAGGGGAGAGAGAUGGUGAUAAUAAGUAUGUUGGGGUAGACCUCCCUGAGUUGGUCCGUAACUGGUGCAGAGUAUUUUUGGAAGCAGUUUAGAACUGGAAAUGAGGAACAAUGCAUUUAUAUAUGCACAUAUUUCAGAGUGGAUUUUUCAUGAUGUGGGACAGCAGCUACCACCCAAAUACUAUAUACAUUUGGAAUAUUUAAAAAAAAUAAAUUACUAUUAUUAAGCAAAUAUGCUGAUGUUUUAAAAUUUAUGGAAAGUAAAAUAUUGUAGCUCAUCCACGUCAGCAGGAGAUUCCUAAAACUGUGUAAUGUAGAGAGAUUGUGUUCAUAUUCUUUUUGGUUUCUUGAUUAGAAAAAUCAUUCUCUGUCUUUUACAUCUCCAGUAGGCUUCUUGUUUAGAAUAAACCAGGCACCCUGCCCCCCCUCGGGGAAAAAACAAAAACAGAAAAUGAAACACAAGAAGUGUUCCUUCAGUUCCUGCAGAAGUAACAGCUGUUGUUACCAGUGGAUUAUUACUUUGUUCAAGUGCUUAAAUGUUUUCCUAUCAGUUCAACAAUUUGAUUUUCCUCAGAAGAAUUCUCUCGUUUUAGAUGAUUUGUCUCUCAGGAGACAAGGAUGGCAGCAAGGUGACCACAGUGGUGGCAACUCCUGGGCAGGGUCCAGACAGGCCACAAGAAGUCAGCUAUACAGACACUAAAGUGAUUGGAAAUGGGUCAUUUGGUGUGGUGUAUCAAGCCAAGCUUUGUGAUUCAGGAGAACUGGUUGCCAUCAAGAAAGUAUUGCAGGACAAGAGAUUUAAGAACCGAGAGCUCCAAAUCAUGAGAAAGCUAGAUCACUGUAACAUAGUCCGAUUGCGUUAUUUCUUCUACUCAAGUGGUGAAAAGAAAGAUGAGGUCUAUCUUAAUCUGGUGCUGGACUAUGUUCCGGAAACAGUAUACAGAGUUGCCAGACACUAUAGUCGAGCCAAACAGACGCUCCCUGUGAUCUAUGUCAAGUUGUAUAUGUAUCAGCUGUUCCGAAGUUUAGCCUAUAUCCAUUCCUUUGGAAUCUGCCAUCGGGAUAUUAAACCACAGAACCUCUUGUUGGAUCCUGAUACAGCUGUCUUAAAACUCUGUGACUUUGGAAGUGCAAAGCAGCUGGUCCGAGGAGAACCCAAUGUUUCGUAUAUCUGUUCUCGGUACUAUAGGGCACCAGAGUUGAUCUUUGGAGCCACUGAUUAUACCUCUAGUAUAGAUGUGUGGUCUGCAGGCUGUGUGUUGGCUGAACUGUUGCUAGGACAACCUAUAUUUCCAGGGGAUAGUGGUGUGGAUCAAUUGGUGGAAAUAAUCAAGGUCCUAGGGACACCAACAAGGGAGCAAAUUAGAGAAAUGAACCCAAACUACACAGAAUUCAAAUUCCCUCAAAUUAAGGCACAUCCUUGGACUAAGGAUUCGUCAGGAACAGGACAUUUCACCUCAGGAGUGCGGGUCUUCCGGCCCCGAACUCCCCCAGAGGCCAUUGCACUAUGUAGCCGUCUGUUGGAGUACACACCAACUGCCCGAUUGACACCACUGGAAGCUUGUGCGCAUUCAUUUUUUGAUGAAUUACGGGACCCAAAUGUCAAAUUACCAAAUGGGCGAGACACACCUGCACUCUUCAACUUCACCACUCAAGAAUUGUCAAGUAAUCCACCUCUAGCUACCAUCCUUAUUCCUCCUCAUGCUCGGAUUCAAGCAGCUGCUUCAACCCCUUCAAAUGCCACAGCAGCCUCAGAUACUAAUGCCGGAGAUCGUGGGCAGACCAAUAACACCGCUUCUGCGUCAGCUUCCAAUUCCACCUGAACAGUCCCGAGCAGCCAGCUGCACAGGAAGAACCACCAGUUACUUGAGUGUCACUCAGCAACACUGGUCACGUUUGGAAAGAAAAUUAAAAAGAGAAAAAAAACCUGUUCAUUUUAGUGUUCAGUUUUUUUAUUGUUGUUCUUAUUUAACCUUGUAAAAUAUCUAUAAAUACAAACCAAUUUCAUUGUAUUCUCACUUUGAGGGAGAUCCAGAGGGUGGGAGGGGUUGUGGGAGGGCAAACCGGAACACUAGAACACACAAUCUCUCCCACGACAAUCUUUUUUUUAUCGAAAGUCUGCUGUUGUAUACUUUAAAAACAGGACUCCUGCCUCAUGCCCCUUCCACAAAAGAAGAAAACUUUGUUCUGUGCUGAAGUUUUUUUGAACUUUGUUUUCUUUUAAAGUCAAGUGUAAGACUUUAGUGUAUAGUGCACAGCUUGAAAUUGGUUGGGAGCUUAGCAGGUAUAAUAACACAAUGGGGACUUAAAUGUCACUUGUAAAAUUAAUCCAUAUCCUCGGGUGUUUGAAGAUUUGCCUUUGGCAUAUUGGUGGCAGGUGCGGCAGACAAAAAAAGGAAAUGUGUAUCAUUUGUAACCCAGAAGGUCAAUAAAGUUGGAACCUUUAAGGGGAAGAUUCUUAAUUGAUUUGUUAAGGUUUUGUUUUGCCCUUAAUCAGUGCCAGUGAUAAAGAAACUUAUGUAGGAAGCUAUCAAAGGAAGAGCAUGUGUGCUCUCUGUGUGGAUCUUUGCUGACCAAAGGUUCUCUGUAAAUCAGUACAGUUUUAAACUAGUGACCUAGGAGAAGACUGAAAAGGGUGUUGAGCUGGCCACUCUGGCUGCAGAGGUCAAAAGCUGAUGAACCUGGAGGAAGGGGAUGAGCCAGGGGCAGGUCUCACCACUGAAAGUUGAAUUUGUCCAGAUUUUUUUUUCUCUAAAGUUGUUUCCCUUGGAAAGAUACACUUGAGAGACAUUAUAGUUAAAUAAUGUGAACUGUAACAGUCUACUGGUUUAUUUUUCAUAUUUUUAACUGCAAAUUGAGCUUGUAGAAAUUGCCACAUUCUGCGCAUAGUUCUAAUUAAAUCCAAAUCUAGAAUCUGUAUUUAAUUUCAGCUUUUUUAACCUCAUGCUUUCAAAUUUUUAUUUAUUGAUGCAUGCAUGUUGGAUGGGCCAUUAUGAUUUUAGAUGGUAGGAAUAUUAAAAACUACACAUCAAAAUGAUAUAAAUAGUCAUUUGUACCUGCUGACUUUAUAGGAAAGCUGAUUAUAUAAAUGUGUGUAUAUAUGUUAUAUACAUAGAUUCAAUACUGCCUUUUGUUUUUGUUUUUUGUCCACAGUAUCAAAAUUGACUGGUUGAAGCAUGAGAAGAAUGUUUCCCCCACACUCAGUUAAGAGUUUUUGUUUCUGUUUUUUGUGUGAUAAGUGAAUAAUAUGAGAAUCAGUCUCUGUUUUUGAAGAAAAAGCAAUAUUCCUUGGAAAGCAAGGAGGAUUGAAGGAUUAUGUUGGCAGUGAGGAAAUAGAUUUUCACAACUAGUUUGUUUUAUACUUUUAAGGUUGACAUCUAUGUGGGCCUUAUAUACUCUAAAAUGAACCUUAGUCACCUUGGUGCUUAUGGGCCAUUACUUGACCUAUGAAUCUUUAAGGCACAAUCAGUUGUACUUUACAUUUAAAGAUCACUUGAGUGAUGGCCACCUUUCCCACCUACCUUCCUUCCUUCCGUCCCCACAUACCUUCCAAGGUUAGCUCAUAACUGCAGGGCUGCAGAGCUGAGCCCUAGACUGUGCGUAACCUCCCUUCACCCUCCUCGUCGCCACCUUAGGUCAUGUUAGGGGUCUCGCCCUCCGGGUGAUUUGGAAGUGGAGUUUCUUGGCAGCCCUCAUACAGGUCCCAGCACCCUGUCCUGCUUCCUAACCAAGGGUGUGUGACUCUCCAAGAGAGCCGUACUGCCUGCUGACGUGAACCAGUACCCAGAGAGGCAACUGUGAGCCAUCCUCGCUUUCACUUACUGUUUAGCUAAGCUCUUACACCACAGAAGGGUUUCUCAAACCUCUGGUUAUAUCAGAGUUCAUGAGAAAGGUAACAGUCAAACCAAAUCAAACAAAUUGAACUUUACAUUUCUUAAUGAGCUUCUGAGAGCAAAUUAAGAUUGAAAAGAAGUUUGAAAGUAUUUGGCAGCAUAAUUCCUAAAAGGAAUGGCUUUGAUCGACAAUUUUCAGAAAGGAUUAUAAAGAAGCUGGACAGCAGGUCUGUGGCAGAGAUAUGGACCUACUUCAGACCAGACUGCCCAGCUGAACAUUUGGAUACAGACCCUAUUCUGGACUUGGUAUACCUGCUAGAGUCCAUAAAAAUCUGUGCUUGUUUUAGGAAACAAUUCCCCCACCCCCCAUAAAUGGGGUAAGAGAAGAGAGAAAAGUUGAUGCUUUUCUCUCAUUUUAUUGUGUAUGUGUGAGGGCUGAGGUGUGUGAUUUUUCUUUCUCAAGGAUCAUGGCAGGAUCACAGAACUCUUUUAUACAAGUGAGAUCCAGGUCUCUGAAUAUCUUUUUGUAAAUAAUAAUAAUAAUAAUAAUGAUAAUAAUAAAAAGCUCCUCACCAAAUUCAAGCUUGUACAUUAUAUUUUCUUUCAAUGUUUUUUAAAUUUUAAGUUUUAUUGUUUUGUAUGUAAAUAUGUGGACCCAGGAACUGUUAUUAAUGAGCAAAAAGUUACUGUUCAGGGCAGUGAUUCUGUUUAAUAAUCAGACAAAUUGUAGACGAGCUUUUUAAAGCCAUAUAGUUUUAACUCUGUACAGUAGGUACCGGCCUGUAUUAUUGUAACAAUAACUCUAGCAAUGUAUAGUGUAUCUAUAUAGUUUGGAGUGCCUUCGCUUCCAUGUGUUUUUUUGUUUUUCAUCUUGCAAAAUUGAAAUUUUGCAAAAUUGGUUUCUCUAUCCAUGUCUCCCUGUCCCACCCUUUUGCCCUUUGAAAUAACUCACUCAUAACACAGUGUCUUUGCCCCUUCCACAGUUAAUUUCGGUGAUGCCAUGCUCAGGAGUAGGAAGAGGAAACCAUGUUCAUAACCUCACUUCAUUCAAGCCCUGCCUUUGUUUCAGUUCUGAACAUCUGUUUCCUCAGUAGCAGUGACCGGUUUCAUUUCGAACUUAGUCCAUCCAGAGACUUAGUGUAGUGCCAGGGAGCCCUGGAGCUGGAGGAUAUCAAAUAGAUUAGAUUUUGCUCGUCUUUUUCCCCAAACCCUAACCAUGAGAGUUACAAACAGCAGAUUCCAGGAGCCUCCCACCCUCUCUCUCUCUUUAUCAACUUCCCUCCCAAAUGAGAGAAAGAACUAGAGAGAGAGUUGGUUUUUAUAAAUCAGAGUUUCCUAAUUGUAUUGGGUUUUGAUACACGAGUGGUCUAAAAUGCUAUUGUGCAGUUACCAGCAGCUGCUGCACAGAUUGCCACCUGUGCCAUGAAGGACUGUUGUUUUCACAAGGGAACAUCCCUCCCUCCUGCCACCUCUACCCCCGUUCAAUGAAACGUCAUUUUAAUUUCUCUUUUAAAAAACCAGUUUAAUUCUUACUGUGCCCAUCAUGAAGGCCUUUUUUGAAAGAAAAAAAAAAAUCAAAAUUACUCGUUUUGCCUCUAAGUACUCUGUAUAAGAUGUCUUGAGUAGAAGAAAAAAACUUUACCAAACCAAAGGUUGCUAUUUUUGGAAUAUCAUAUGUUCAUUCCAGCAAGGCAGAAGACUGCACCUUCUUUCCAGUGACAUGUUGUGUCAUUUUUUUAAGUCCUCUUAAUUUUUAGACACAUUUUUGAUUUGUGUUUUAACAAAGCCUGCCUAACCAGUCAUCUUGUCUGCACCAAUGCAAAGGUUUCUGAGAGGACUGUUGUAUUCUCUAUCCCUGUGGAUAUAAAGACACUGGCAUUUCAUUUCUCUUUCCCUUUCCUUUUUAAGGGAUUUAACUUUGGAAUCUUCCAAAGGAAGUUUGGCCAAUGCCAGCUCCCCAGGAGUUUGGGGGUUUUUUCUUUGUUUUAAACCAAAAUUGUAUCUGAUUCCUCUUGUUCAUGUUAGUGAUCAUCUAAUCACAGAGUCAAACACUUUCUCCCCUAUAUAGAAAAAUAAACUAAGCAUGCUUUAUAAGAAAAUCUGUUUUCUGAUAGAAGCCUGAGCCACUGAAAAUAAGAGAGACAACUAGAAGCAGAGUAGAGUCUCAGACGAAGGUCUAUGUUUGCAAGGCUUUGAAAGUAAUCCCUGGGGUUUGGAUUAUUUUCACAAGGGUUAUGACGUUUUAUUCAAGUUUGUUGCUCCGUUUUGCACCUCUGCAAUAAAAGCAAAAUGACAACCAGUACAUAAGGGGUUAGCUUGACAAAGUAGACUUCCUUGUGUUAAUUUUUAAGUUCUUUUUCUUAUUAUAUCUGUCUACAGGCAGAUACAGAUAGGUGUAUGAAAAUGUGCUUGCCUGUAAAAUUUGCAUUCAUAAAUGUGUUGCCGAUGGAUCACUUGGGCCUGUACACAUACCAAUUAGCGUGACCACUUCCAUCUUAAAAACAAAUCUAAAAAACAAAAUUUAUUAUAUAUAUAUAUAUAUAUAAAGGACUGUGGGUUGUAUACAAACUAUUGCAAACACUUGUGCAAAUCUGUCUUGAUAUAAAGGAAAAGCAAAAUCUGUAUAACAUUACUACUUGAAUGCCUCUGUGACUGAUUUUUUUUUCAUUUUAAAUAUAAACUUUUUUGUGAAAAGUAUGCUCAAUGUUUUUUUUUCCCUUUCCCCAUUCCCUUGUAAAUACAUUUCGUUCUAUGUGACUUGGUUUGGAAAUAGUUAACUGGUACUGUAAUUUGCAUUAAAUAAAAAGUAGGUUAGCCUGGAAAUGAAAUUAAAAUUCACAAGUGUGUGGUCUUUAUUUCAGUACCCAACCUUUUCUUUGCCCUAUUUUGUCACUGCAAUAUGUAGUCACAUCACCACUUCUUUCCUCCAAUUAGAAAAACAUGGAUCUUUGUUAUAAAAGUCAAGAUGUGAACACUAGCUCUCGUUCUUUCAAAUGAUCUUCCACUGUAUAGCCCCAAGAGGUGCAGCUUCCAUCUUGGAAACCUUUGGAUUUGAUGUCAAGGAAGCUUUGCAGACACUGCUUUGAAAAGAAUGAAAACAUCCCUGAAAGGGACAAAUUUUUAAAAUGUGUAUAAGCUGCUGUCUUUGAUUACUGUGUUCAUGGUUUGGUGUAGCUGUAUUUUCUUUUAACCUCAUCCCAUUAGUAAUGGUCUUUGGGAGUAUCUGUGAAUUAUAUGAACACCACAAACAGUGGGGCUGUACCUCCAGGUAACCAACAUAUGUUGUGUUUGAGUCUGCUCAUUUCCAAUACUGGAUGAUGUAUGUAAACAUGUUAUGUCUCUUAGUGCAAAAAGAAACAUCAUUUUUUUAGGGCUGGCUCACUCUGUCAGACCUAAUCUAAAGGCUAGAUAUCAAGUCAUGUGACUGCUGCUUCAAUAAAAACAAAUUUAUAUUGGA